GUAGCAAACAAGUGAUUUACUGGCAACAAUGCCUCCUAUUUAUGGCACUGGGUGUGUCCCCUGAGGGGUGGUCACAUUUCUGCGGUUGCAUAACGACCAACUCCACACUGAGAAAUCCACCGGCAGGACUUCCGGUGUUUAUUUUUUUUUUUAAUUAUAAAUCAACGAAUUAGAACUACAUUUCCCAUCAGUCGUUGCGCUUACUUCCGCCCCAAACAAAAACGAUACAUGUCCACUUUAAACUCGCUAGACCUCCCGUUAAUAUAAUAGUUAUAUAAUAAUAGCAAUGACGUUAACGUAUGGUAUUGCGUAGCGAUAAGUCCCUGUAUUUCAAAAUUCUCGUGGGAUCUCACGCUUCCGGGAAGUACAAGACAGCGCUAUCCAUGGUGCUGCUACCAUGGCUGAGAUGAAAGAGCCAUCUAGCGUGAUCCGGGAGCACCAUACGCUGCUGCAGGUGUCCAACUCACAUGGACUUCAGUUGCUGGGUGUGCUCAGAUCUUUUCGGGAGCAAGGCCUGCUAUUUGACUUCACCAUCAAAGUCCAGGAACGCAGUUUUCCCUGCCAUCGGUGUGUUCUGGCAGCAUGCAGUGAUUUCUUCAGGGCCAUGUUUGAGGCGGCUAUGCGGGAACGUGAUGAUGGUUCAGUAACACUGUGUAACCAGUUUCCGGUUGUGGUGGAGUCCUUCCUGGAUUUUGCCUACUCUGGCGAGAUUCUUAUCACGGAAGAAAACGUAGACUCACUGUUUCAGCUUGCCUCCUUUUUGCAGGUGCCAGUUCUGUCCAAAGCCUGCAGUGACUUCUUGUUAGAAACGAUAGAUCUUGGUAACUGCCUGUCACUUUUGGCCCUUGCUGAGGCGUAUGGUUCAGCUUCCCUCCUGCAAAGUGCCAUGGACUUUGUGGUUCAAAACUUCCAAGACCUGUCCAACACCCAAGACUUCCUGGACAUGCAGGUGAAUGUGUUGGAGGAAUGCCUCAGGUCAGAUGCCCUCUGUGUGCCCAGUGAGGAGGCUGCGGUCAUGUCACUUCUAAGGUGGAUCUGCCAAGAUAUUCCUGGACGACAGAAGCUGCUUCCCAAAUUGUUAUCUCUAACGAGACUUCACCAUCUACCUCCGCAUGCACUUCAGACUCUUCAUGAGUCAGAUCUGCUGAGCGACAAUAAUUCCUGUAUGGCUCUGAUCUCAGUGGCUGAGAGCAGACAGAGUCAGCACAGUGGUCUGUUCACUGAUGCCAGGCCUGCCACCACACAGAGCUACAUUUAUAUCCACAAGACGGAGGAGAACGGAGUGGUCCACCACUCUUUCUGCUACUGUCUGGAAACAGACCAGUGGAAAGAGCUUGAAAUGGGCCAGGGGCAGGGAAUGAGCACGGUGCCAGACCCACCAGGCUCCCAUCUGACUGGCUAUGCUGAGAAGAUGUUUGUCACUGGUGGUUGCCGUGGAAACUGUUGCCGGGCAGUACGCAUCCACGUGGCAGAGCCUUUCCAUGAUGCUACCGAUGAGGUUUGGUGCUUCUCCCCUGUAACAAGAACAUGCACACCAGCUCCAGCGAUGCUGAAACCCCGAACCAUGCAUACAGCAGUGGUCUGUCUGGAGCGAGUGUAUGUCAUUGGGGGACGGACAGAGGGAUCAAGAGGGGCUUCUCCCAGUCUACUAGAGGUGGAGUAUUACGACCCGCUGGUAAAGAGCUGGUUCUCAGUCAGUCCUCUGCCCACUGCAAUCUUCUAUCCUGAGGCCAGCGUUUGUGGCAGUAUUAUCUACACACUGGGAUCAGAGAUGGAGAUAACAGACUCCUUUAACCCCUCACUGGACUGUUUCUUCAGCUAUGAUGCCCAACAGGACCAGUGGUGCCGCCUGGUGGUAGAGUUUUGCCAGUUUUUCCAUGCAACACUGGUCAAGGCUAUGUCAGUUAAUGAAACACUGCACCUCUGUGACCUGUCCACUUACAAGGUGUACAGUUUCUGCCCACAGACGUGUGUGUGGAAAGGGGAGGGGUCAUUUGAGUGUGCAGGGUUCAAUGCUGGAGCAGUUGGUAUCAGAGAUAAAAUUUACAUUUUAGGUGGAGACUAUUCCCCUGAUGAGAUUACAGAUGAAGUCCAGGUGUACCACAGUGACAGGAGUCAAUGGGAGGAAGUGGCACCUAUGCCCAGAGGCCUGACCGAAUUCCACUGCCAGGUCAUCAGUUUUAACAAGCACACAAACCCAUGGAGUGACAUAGAAUGAUGCACACAGGCUGCAAGCGGACUGUAUUACCUUGUAAAAAGCAUGUUUUUCAUUAAUUAUGUAAGUUAAAAAUUGUUGAUUAAAACCUCUCACUAACACCACACCAAAGAUCAUCUUCCCAUUUUACCAUGCUCCUGAGAUGUUGUCUAUUUUUUAAAUUUAAAAAUCAAAUCCAUUUAUCAUGUACAAAUAUCAUAAACCUGAGAUGAGAUGUGGUCCCUCCCAUGGAGAAGCAACAUUAAGCAGAAGCCUGUAUUUGAAAUCCCAUACUUCCUGAAUAUUAUCUGUAUCAUAUACUGUACAUGUUUCAUAAUUUCAUCCAUUCAUUUUCUAUACCACUUAUCCUCUUUUGGGUCGCCAGUGAUUUGAAAAAAAUCCUCGCAAGCACGUUGAGAACUUGCAAACUCCACACAGGUAGGCCAGAGCCCAGAUUUGAACCCCCAACCUCAGAAGUGUGAGGCGAAUGUGGUAAUCACUCGGCAACCAUAGAAGAACUCACUGUAUAUAAAUAAUUCCGACCCAAAUUUCAAAUGUAAAAGAUGUUGCCAUGAGACUAGAUUUACACAGAUUGAAUAAAUCUUUAACAUUUUAUCCAGUGUUCCCUUCGACUGCUCUGGGAAAGUUUCUUCCAAAUGCAAUUUUCCACAUUCAAGCGACAAAAAAAUAGUAGAUGCGCCUCCUUUUUUAUGUGUAGCUUUAUUUGUUCAAGUGUCACAGACCUUGAAAUUAAUACAUUUGUGUGGGGAAAAAAUAGAUAGACGCAACCAAAAAGUGAAUUUAUUCUGCAAGAAGUCAGCAUUACCUUAACUUUUGAUAUAACUUUUUUUUUUUUUUUUUUUUUAAUAAA